AUGUCAAUAGAUCUCAAUUGGGAGACGCUCACAACGGGGCCCGACGGAGAGGCUCUGGCCCUCCGCAUCCGCGACUUCAUACACACUAAAUUCCAGGCAGUACCAUUGCCUCGCUUCAUCAAGUCUGUCAAAGUACACGACUUUGAAUUCGGCACCAUCGCCCCCGAACUGGAACUCAAAGACAUUACCGACCCGCUGCCGGAAUUUUACGAGGAGAACUCCGACAUUGAGGAUGACGAAGAAGAGGAGCAGGCCGUCCUCGAGGAGCAGCACCAGCACCAGCAUGCACCCAAGAGCCAGCUGAGCGCCGGCGAGAGAAGGAGGCAGAGGGAGGAGGCUUCGCUGCCGCCGAGGCUGAGCACGCACGCACUCAGGGGUCAGUCCGGAGACUUCCCCAGUCCGUUCCUGGGUGUUUCGACGCCAGGGAUCCUCGGCGGCACAUCGAAUCUGCAUUACUUCCAGUCGCACCUGGGGACCGGUUGGUCGGGGACGCAGACGCCCCUCGCCGCGGUGGCCGGCGCGCACAUGGGCAACAGGCUGGACGCCUCGGCCUUCUUGUCUCCCGUCGGCUCGCCACUGCCGAACGGUUUCUCGCCGAGCCACAGCAGAAAUCCCUCUCAGGGCUCGAUCUCCGUGAGCGACUUCAACCCGGCCCUGGCGCAACUACGGGAGAAGUCGAGCGUCUCUACGCUCGCACCCACGUCAGCCGGGGCGUCGAGGCCGCCGACGCGGGACACGCACCUCGCGGGGUCAGCGAUCCAGGAGGAGGACGAGGAGGUGCUCCCGGGGGAAGAAGAGGACGACAAUGCGCCGAGAUUCAGGGAGCCGAGGCCCGAAGACCUGCAGGCCGUGUUUCGCAUACGAUACGCCGGCGACGUGAGGCUGCGGCUGACGGCGGAGAUUCUUCUAGACUACCCGAUGCCGAGCUUCGUGGGGAUCCCUGUGCAGCUCAGCGUCACAGGCUUGACGUUUGACGGCGUCGGCGUGAUGGCGCACAUCCGGAAGAGGGUGCAAUUCUGCUUCCUGAGCCCCGAGGACGCCGUCACGGCGGUGGGCGCGGACGACGCGGGGCCCAGUGAGCCCGGCAAGAGGUUCGGGGGGCUUCUGCAAGAGAUCCAGGUCGAGAGCGAGAUUGGCCUCCGGGACGGGGGUAAGCAGAGCUUGAAGAAUGUGGGCAAGGUGGAGAGGUUUGUGCUGGAGCAGGUGAGGAGGAUAUUCGAGAACGAGUUUGUGUAUCCCAGCUUCUGGACGUUUUUGAUCUGA